ACUACGAGAGUAUAAAUAUACACGCCCCCGAGGGUCGAUCAAAACAACUGUUCGCAACAAUGGCGUUUAAUCAGGUUCGGUUACGAGGAGGGCACAUUUUAUUGGCUUACAGUGGCCGUGUUACAUCAGCGAUGGUCCAUAGCGUGCCCCAGAGUCGAGACCGUGGCGGGGAACGACACGCGAGUUCGGCGAACAGUCAAAAUACAUCCUCAAACAGACUGAAAUGGCUGGCCCUUGGAUCUGCUGCUGCCAUCGGUGCGGGCCUAUACUUGAAGUACAAGAGCAGCCAGAAUGUUGUUUCUGCGGCAACUACAGUCCACACUCCCGCCAUCCAGAGUGGCCCUGGGUCAAUGCGGAGUGAUCUGCCCUUGUUUACGGAGGACCAAGUAUUGCAGCACAACUCGCGUCAGAAUGGGAUUUGGGUGACCUUCAAGAAUGGAGUCUAUGACAUCACAGAGUAUGUGGCUCAGCAUCCCGGAGGGAGCAAGAUCAUGAUGGGAGCUGGGAAGUCCAUCGAGCCGUUCUGGGAUCUGUACGGUGUACACAAAAAUCCCGAAAUUCUACACAUUUUAGAAAAACACAGAAUCGGGAACAUUGUUCUGGUUGAAGAUAAGUCAAAAGGUAAAACAAACGACCCGUAUGCUAACGACCCCAAACGGAGCCCCGUUCUCAUUCCAAGUUCAUCACGGCCUUUUAACGGUGAACCACCGACGACCAUCUUGGUCGAUAAUUACAUCACUCCAAAUGAACUAUUCUUCGUCCGUAACCACCUACCAGUACCAAAGGUUGACGCGAACAAAUACAGACUUGAAAUGGCUGUGGAUAAGUCUUCAGUGAAACUCAACCUGAGUGACCUAAAGGCCAAGUUCAAGGCCCAGUCGGUGACCUCUGUGGUCCAAUGUGCCGGAAACCGACGCAGCGAGAUGACGAAGAUUAAACAAGUGAAAGGUCUGAACUGGAACAAUGCUGCCAUCAGCAACGCGACCUGGACUGGCGUGACCUUGAAUGACCUUCUGAAACAUUCCGGCAUUGACCUUGAGAAGGUCGAAUGUCAGCAUGUACAGUUCGAGGGCAUGGAUAAGGGGCCCGAGGGGGCACCGUACGGAGCCUCGAUUCCGAUCGACCUUGCUCGGUCGUUGAAGGACGACAUCAUCAUCGCGUACGAGAUGAACGGCAAGGAUAUCCCCCUGGACCACGGCUACCCUGUGAGGGUGAUUAUCCCGGGCGUGGUCGGGGCGAGGCAGGUGAAGUGGUUGACGAGGAUCGUGAUGUCGGAUGAGGAGAGUCUGUGCCACUGGCAGAGGAAGGACUACAAGGGCUUCAACUCCUCCAUCGACUGGCACAACGUUGACUUUGACAAAUCUGUGGCAAUACAGCAGCUGCCGAUCACAUCCGCUAUUUGUGAUCCUCCAGAGGGCGCUGAGCUUGAAGAGGGGGCGGAGGAGGUGACGUUGAAGGGGUAUGCAUGGAGCGGUGGAGGUCGUGGCGUGGUGCGUGUCGAUGUCUCGGCCGAUGGGGGGCAGACUUGGGAGGAGGCGGAGCUACAGUCCAACAACCAACCAGCGUACAAGUCGUGGGCGUGGACACUGUGGGAGGCUACCAUCCCGCUCCCCAAGGAUCACAAGGGCAAGGUCGACCUUGUGUGUAAGGCCGUGGAUGUGUCGUAUAACGUCCAGCCCGACAACGUGGACGGAGUGUGGAAUCUUCGGGGUGUUCUGAACAACGCCUGGCAUAGAGUCUCAGUGUCGGUCCCACCGGAGGAACAGUCCUAAAAAAGGCAAGGUCGACGACAAACGAUCAGCAUUGUCAUAACUUGCACCAUGGAGAGUUGACGACAUCAGGCCCUGCAGACAGGUCAUUAAUGGAGUUAGAUACGGAUAAAAUUGUCAAAAAACAUGUUUGGGUGAGAAGACACCGAAUGUGUUUGUGACCCAUUCGUAAUCUGUCACUUGUGAUGUAUCAGGUUGCCAUGACAAUGCAGGUGUUACCUGUAGGUUGCUUCAGACAAUGUUGCCAUGACAACUAAGGUCUGACGUGCCAGUUUUUCAAUGUGGAUGUUGUAGUUGCCAUGAGAGGUGCCAACUUUGUACACAAAUAUCAUGGGCACUGCCAGAGUUGCAUCCCUGUUCCAAUCGUGAUGUAAGAAAGAUUCUGUUCAUAGUGUUAACACUAGGGUUGUCAUUAAUCACCAAUAUAUUGAUAGCUCAUUGCAUGAAUUCGUGAAUAUGGGACUUAAUCAACCAGUCGUGCCAGAUAAAAACUAUCUAGUUCAGAGCAGCGACCUCUUGCUAGUAAGUCACAUUGGUCGUUCAUAGAGAAGUUCACAAAAAAAAAGGAGGGUGCAAAUUAAGCACCACACUACAUAGUAUAUUAUGACUCAAGUAUCGCGAUAUAUGUAUCGAUACGUGAGAAGCCGUAUCAUGACACCCUUCGUUAACACCCAUCCUUUCAUCAGGGUCAUGUGGUCAUGGGGUAGCCCAGUGGUUAAAGCGUUCCCUCGUCACACUGACCACCUGGGUUCGAUUCCCCACAUGGACACAAUGUGUGAACCCAAUUUCUUGUGUUCCCAUCAUCUUAUUGAGAUCACACUGGGCGCUUAUUACGUUGAAUGCGGUAUAUUGCAAGUGGUGGGCAGACAUGUAUCCACUGCUUGCUGUCGAAUGACGGACAAUGUUGAUUUUAUUGCAACUUGGACACACCAACAUCUGGUAGUUUACUGUUAUAGUUGUUGUGUUUCUGAAUCUCACUUGCUUUGUUUUGCAUAUUAAUUGUUUACAAAGAUGUUUUCUCAGUGUAUCAUUACCAUGGUUGUGUAUGUAUUUUUAUCUGUGUGUUCACCAGAUAAUAUUGUAUGUUAUCUGUUUAUAACAGGUAAUAUUGUAUUCGAUCUGUUUAUAACAGACAUAAUUGCAUUUCAUCUGUAUGUAUAUACCAGAUAGUUUUGUAUUUUAUCCAUAUAUACCAGAUGACAUUGUAUAUAAACUUUAUCCAUAUUUAUUGUAUAUUAUCUGUAUGCAUGAUAUGCCAGAUAUAGCCUUUAUACCUUGGGGAUAUAGAUAAUAUUGUAUAUUAUUCGUAUACCAGAGUGUCAUCUACCCAGACACUAAUCAUGCUGAUAUAUGUUGCCAUGGGUAAGGAUAUUGAAGUCCUCCUGAGAGGCGGUGGGGUAGCCUAGUGGUUAAAGCGUUCGCUCAUCAUGCCAAAGACCCGGGUUCGAUUCCCCACAUGGGUUACAAUGUGUGAAGCCCAUAUCUGGUGUCCCCUGCCGUGAUAUUGCUGGAAUAUUGCUAAAAGCGACGUAAAACCAUACUCACUCACUCACUCACUGAAGUCCUCCUGGGUAUUGGGUAAUGGGACUCAGGAUGAAUAUCUCAUACAGAGCUACAGAUAAGCAGCGUAUUUGCGUAAACUACCCCACAAAAAUUUCAAAACCCAACUACUUUCAAUUAACUUGUGUACAGAAAUGCAUGCAUUAAAUGAAAAAUUCAAAUGUAUAAAAACAGCGUAAAUACCCAAUGAAGCUUUUUCAGCAUGCAUACAAAGGAGCUAAUUUCCAAAACACAAUUACGAGCUAAUUUAUGUCCUGAGUCAAACCUAUAUAUUUAGAACAGUUAUAUACAUCUAAAACAUUAUUUUGUUUUUUUCUAAAUCUUAAAAUGUUCACUAAUUUUGGAAAAACCCAUAAGAGUGAUAAA